AUGGCCGACACUGAAGUUCAGUUCAUGGACCCGCUCGCCUCUCACUCUCCGUCGGGACAACAGAAGCAGGUGAGAGGGGAGAGGGAGCCAGACUGCACGGAGAGUCUUCAGAACACCGGACAAGGAGAGGUGGAGGAGCCGCUGCUGUCGUCCUCGGCUGUCGUUGCUCAGGCGCCACCUUGCGGUGAUCGAGCGGCCUGCAGCUGCCUGGGGGCCAGAUGGAUGGAGAGGAGCCUCGAGUCCAUGGAGCUGCAGCUCCAGCUCCUCACCAGCAAAGCGGAUGACUUGCACAACUGGGUUGCCAGCGGACAGGAUCACUUCGAGAGAGAGGCUCUUGCUGAGGCAGUGUCACGCUUCCUGUACAACUGUCAGCCUUACUUUAACCACCUGGAAUACUUACGCUCCCAUAAGUCCCAGCACACCCUUCUGCCUCUCGACAGCUACACAUGGCUGUUGGACUUCUCUCAGCAGCUGUGUGACAGGUUGGAGCAACUGGUGUUGACCUACGCCAGCUAUAAUCUCCUCUGUUUGGACGAGACCAACCCUAACAGUGUGUCUCCCUUCUGCAUGGGCCAGAGUCAGCUCGGCCCACUGAGGGUGGCCGCGUUCCGCUACUUUAAGCCGAUGCCGUACCUGGCCCAGGUCCACACCGGCCUCUACAAACGCAUGCGCUGGAACGUGGUCAGACUCCGGGAAGAGCAGCGUGAGGAGGGGAAGAACGAGAGAGUUGGCGACACAGAGUAUUACUUCCUGUGCUACGAGGACAUUCCCAACGCGCACGCAGACGCUGGCGGGGACGCGCGCGUCUCUCACGGCAACGCGGUGAGGACGUGGUCCAUCGGCAAGUGGGUGCAGGUGACCCCCGGCACAGACGACAUCUACGACUGGAUCAUGUGCGAGGUUCCUCAGGCUGACUAUCGCAGGCUGCUGUUCCUGGGCAGCGACGAGCCGUCGAGCAGCAGCGCCACGGUCCGCCUGCAGCAGAUGCUGUCGUCACACCAGACGGCGGAGUGACGACAGCGACGGUGUGUAUGAACGCAGGUACAACGCCCGUCUCUGGGCCGCGAGGUUCCCGGUGGUUUUGGCGGGAGGAAGAACAGCAGGCGAAAGGAAACAGGACCCGUUAAGAUCACACAGGGCGGGGCUGUGGAGUCCUCUACAGCUAGUUGAUGAGCAGAUGUGUCGCCGAGUUUAUGAGAGACUCUGCGGUUGAACAUCUGGAUGUCGGAGCACAAACACCCUAGCUGAAAAUCACACGACAAAUGUAAAAUAUGUGAUCAUUUCUGCCAGACUCAUUCAGGGCCCGUUCAUUUUUCCACAUUUAAAGCAGUUUCUGUAAUGCACUGUGACCACUGUUGGUUUCCAAAGCAAAGUUUUAUUGUCAAGUAAUCGUUUCAUGCUGUGUACUGAGGAGUCUGUUUAACUCUUCAUGUUUGCUGCACACUAUUGUGUCACUUUAUUUUGUUCAGUGUGUUAAAAGUGAGAUUUUAUAAGAGAUUGUAAAUAUUUUGUUACGUUUUUCCAACAGUUCCCACAUAUUAAGAGUGUUUUGCUGUGUUGUAAAGAAGUCCAGAAACGUGAUUUAAAAAAACAAAAGCUUUUAUUUACAUGAAACAUUGCAUUGAAAUAAUUACACACAGACUUCUGUCUUUCAGAGAGUUGAAAUAAAUGCAAAACUUCACAUUUUAAAACAAGCUGCCAUGGUUGAGUCGCCCAGUUACUUCAACAGGUUCAUCAAGCCUUUUACAUCAGCACUCAAAGGCCUCACUUCGUUUUCAAUAAAUUAAUAUUUAAAAUGUGAGAUGUAACAUCUUUGAGCCAAGGUAACAAAUAGUUUGUUCACUCAUAGUUCAGUCUGCUGUGUUCAGUUUGACCGUGUAAUCAUUCAGCUCCUCAGUUCAUUCUGACUGGACGUGAAGAAGGUCAUUUAUUUAACAACAAAAGGAUCAAAUCUACC